AUGCCGUUUAAAAGGCCUGCACCUUACCCACAGUCUCGUUCUGGCUCUCACGCGCCAUCCGACGACUCGCCCGCACAAACAUCUUCCGCAAAACGUGCCCGAGCCUCACAUUCAGCCAAGGCGCUGUCGAACAUCAAAUUGUACAUUGUUGCUGCGAAGUUGGACCCUCCUGUGCUCUCAGACCUCAUCGUCCUGGCCGAGCAUCAUGCAGGAUCCCUAUGUAAGCACGCAGUCGAUGCGGACGUGAUUAUAACCGCGAUUGGUAUGCGGAGACGUUUAGAGAGGCAUAUUCCGUGGGAUCUAGCUAGGACUAAAGCUGUCGUCACUCCUAAUUGGCUCCGUGAUUCGAUUGAAUAUGGAGCUCCCCUUCCUUGUGGAGAAUAUGUCGCGAUCCAGGAUCUGCGCACCGAGACGGAGGCGCAUUGUCCUGAUUGCAAUAUUUCCCCAUGCGCCUGCUCCGAUUCAGAAAUUUCGUCCCUCGCAUUGUCUUCGCGCGGACUGAGUCCUCUCUCGAAUACAACAUCGCGCAUGCAGUCCCCUAGUCUACAUACCCCCCAGCCGCCACACGCACCACCAAUGCCUCCACAGUCGGCGUCGUCUUCCUCCUGUGCAGCAGCCAUCACCACUAUACACAGAUAUUUCCCACAUGAUAGUGGCACCAAACUGGUUUCUACUUUGACCGGCAGUCCGCUUUCCGAGGUCAAAGUCAGCACAAGGCAUAUUGAAAUCCCAGCCCAUCUCCUUCCGCCGUCACCACCGAUUCCGACCAACAUCGCAAAGCUCAACUACGCAUCCCGUUACGCAUGCCAACGUGCUUCUCCUCUGGAGUGCCCGAAUCCGGGACUAGUGAAGGAGCUCGACGUUCUCCGCCGCUCGAGGGCGCUUGAGGGCGAGGAGCGCAGCGCGCUCAGCUACGCAAGAGCCAUCUCAAUCGUCAAAGCAUAUCCGCGUAAGAUACGCUCACUGCAACAGGUUGAGAAACUACCAUUCAUAGGUGCGAAAAUCGGAGGCAUGGUAGAAGAGUAUGUCUUGAGUGGGAAAAUUACCGAAGCACAAUCCAUACUCGCUUCCGAGCGCUUUCAGGCCCUCUCCUUAUUUGCUACAAUAUAUGGAAUCGGCCCUACUACCGCACGCAAGCUCUACGCACUUGGUCUUCGCUCGCUCGACAAUCUGGAAGUAUACUAUGGUGUGGAACGCGAUCAGGGACCUUCUGAGGAGAUUAUCGAAGUCGAAAAGCAGACGACGAGCGAGCAGUCAUACAGGAAUGACAAGGACAAGGGAAGGCGUAGAGGCGUGGGAGGGUGGGGGGGAGAGAAGGGCGAAGGCGAUGAGGGGCUUGGAGAGAGCUGGGUCAGGAUUGCCUUGGAACUUAGAGAGGACCUAAGCAUCAAGAUCCCUCGUGCGGAGGUGGAAGAGAUGAAUCGGGUAGUCAUGGCAGAGCUCGAUGAGCUCGAACCAGGUUGCGUGAGCACGAUCGCAGGUGGAUAUAGGCGUGGCAAGCCAGAAAGUAACGACGUAGACAUUGUGUUCACACAUCCGGAUGGGACCCGCAUAAAGGGGUUGUGUAAGCGGUUGGUACGUCGUUUGCAUGAACGCAAAAUGGUAACACACGUUAUGCAUCUUUCCGGCUUUCACGGCCACAACCCACUGCGCACCAACCACUGGGAUUCGUUGGAAAAAUCGCUUACAGUCUUCAUUUUGCCUAGUACCUCGCACUCGAAAGGGCUCCGUCGUCGACUGGAUCUCAUAUUUGCACCGCCAGAGAUCUACUGGACAGCAGUGAUUGGAUGGAGCGGCUCUAUUAUGUUCGAGCGAGAUUUGAGACAAUGGGCGAAAGAUAAAGUUGCGAUGAAAUUCGACAGCUCUGGAAUAACGCGUCGAUACGACUCGAAACAGUUCUUUCCCAAAACUGAGAAGGAAGCAUUUAAUCUUUUAGGACUCGAAUGGAUAGAUCCUACCUUGCGAAACGCGGACGCAUAG